AUGAAUGCUUUGAAGCACUGGAUGCCACCUCCCCAUUAUGACUGUCAGACUUGCGACCAAAAGUUCUAUACGCAGAAAACUGCUAAGCAGCACAUGGAUUACUGGAAACAUUGGGUCGGAGAGUUUGAAUGUGAUACCUGCGAUCGGAAAUACGGUUCUCAAGACGCUGUGGAUCAACACAUGACUGCUUUAGACCAUUGGACCCCAGACUUUCAAUGCGAUACUUGUGAUCGUUGGUUCUAUUCUGAGGGAGCGGUAAAUCAACACAUGAAUGCCAAGCAGCAUCAUAAGCCUCGUCGCCAAGAUAUCAAAUCUGUAUACCGUUCCGAAAAAGCACCGGAUGAGCGGAUCCAAGCCAAGAUUCAGCCUGUUGCUGUUCCUAGCGCGGUCAAACCAGCCCUUCCUCCUCAGCAAGACAAAAGCCAGGAGAGCAAGGCUCCACCACAAUACAAUGCAGGUCAUAAAGACAGCGAGGAAGUUCCUCAAGUCGAAAGCUCAAUAGCUGGAGAGGUCAAAUCUAAAAUACAACAAGAUCAUCAACACAAGGAGUGCAAAAAGGAGACUUUGGUGGAUCAUACAACGCUCGACCAGCAACAAGCUAAGCAAAAAUCUCACGCUCAACAAGGGAAGCACAAGCCAACCUCCCUUGCAAGCACUCCAAGAAGCCAAAAGGUUGAAUCCAAGCCGCAACACGAUACUCAAAGCAAAGAGAGCAAACAGGCCUCCCUUCUGGAGGAUUUACCAAGCCAACAGCUUCAAUCUGAGCUACAGCACGAGACUAAUUUCAAUGAAAGAAACCGAGUUUCCGACAAAGAUAAGGGUAUACAGCCUAUAUCCGAGGCAUUUGAAUCCGAACUUGAGGCUGAGCACUGCAUUCCUUGCCCUUUCUGCCAAGAGCAGUUAGAUACUACUUUUGCCAUCACGUUCCACAUUGAGAAUGGUGGUUGUCCGAAGGCCCAUGCCUUAGUCCGAAACGCAGUCCUCCAAAUUGUUCACAGAAUAAACAUGCAUGGUGCCGUCAAAGCAAAGCCUCCAAAGUCUGCAAAUAGCUGCCAAAGCACGAAGUACUCAUCUACUGACCAUGCCUUCAACGGAUCCUAUUGGAUCUGCUAUUUUUGUCUGGGGCAUUUCAACUCGAAGAAUGAGUUGGAUGAGCAUCUCAACUCGUCAGUUCACGAAGCGAAGAUUCACUUUUGUCCGAACAAAUAUGACAAAUGCAAUCGAUACUUCUUGACUCUACGUGGUUUAUUCAUUCACCUGGAGAACGGUUCAUGCGACUAUGUGCGCUUCGGGGCCCAAGAUCUGACGGAUGAUUUCGUGAUGGUGUCUUAG